GUAGCCCCCCCCCCCCUCUCUCUCUCUCUCCCCCUCGACGCAUCGUCUCCUUCUUGAACGCCUACUAUAAAGGCGCGUGCUUCCGACAAGCCAUCACUCGACACUCCGCGCCGGCACAUCGCAGUCAGCUUCGACUCUCAUCAGGAUGAAGAGCUUCACGACUGUGGCCUUGGUGCUGGUGGUGCUGGCCGCCGCGCUGCAGCAGAGUACUGCCGACGCUGACCUCCCCCAGCACGAAGUCGGAGACAGCCCUGGCCCCAGCAGCACCGAAGAUGGACCGCGCCUCGAAGUUAGGGCCGGCCGUCACGCCAGGGCAACAUGCGACCUGCUCAGCUUCCAGUCCAAGUGGGUGACGCCUAAUCACGCCGGGUGCGCUGCCCACUGCCUCGCCAUGUUCAAGGGGUUCAAGGGAGGAUACUGCAAGGACGCUGUCUGCCACUGCAGGAAGUGAAGUAGUGCACCUGUUCGGGCCACAGCUCGCUGUUGUCCACUGUACCAUUUAAGCAAGAAGAAAAUUAAUUUCCCCUGGUUAACUGUGAUGUAAUACAAACAACAUAAUUAUUUUGUACACAAAAUAGGAAAUUUUAAAGUAUUUGUAAUGCACAAAAAUAAAUAUAAGAUAGAA